AGAUGAAGAAGGAGGCGGGCGGUAGAGGAAGUCUUGUAAUAAUGUUGACGUUGUUUGGCGUCUUUUCAGCGUUAAGAAGUUAAUUUUACGGCUAACCCAGAGUCGCAAACACAACAGUGAUGUCGUCCUGGUGGUGGGAUCAGUGGUCGCUGCUGGGCCCGAACGAAACCCGGCGUUCCACCGGGCCGGAUGACAAGACCUGUUUCAAUGGCACGCAGAACACCGUGCUGAACGGAGUCAGCUUUGGCGGCGUGCCUGUUGUGUUGCUGCUCAACUUUAGCGUCUUUUUGGUGUUGCUGAUCCUCUUCUCUGUUAUACGGAAGAAGUUCUGGGACUAUGGACGUCUUGCGCUGGUGGCAGACAAAGAAGGGGUCACUGAGUCUGGACGCCCUCGUUACAGGCAUCUGUCAUCGUGUGCAUCCAGUGGGGAUGACCAGGAGUACGAAAUGGGCUUCUGUUCUUGGCUGCCUUACAUCCUCAGAAUGGAUGACGACAAAAUAAAAGCCCGGUGCGGCAUAGACGCCGUUCACUACCUCUCCUUCCAGCGUCACCUCAUCAUCCUGCUGCUGGUCAUUACCGUCACCUCCCUGUCAAUCAUACUGCCUGUCAACCUGACGGGGGAUCUGUUGGGCAACGAUCCGCAGAGUUUUGGAAGGACGACUAUCGGCAAUCUUCAAAAAGGGAACGACCUGCUGUGGCUGCACACCGUGUUUGCUGUCCUCUAUCUGGCCCUGACCAUUAUUCUGCUGCGACGACACACAUCGCAAAUGAAAGGCAUGGAAAAAGACACGACCAGAAACACCUUGUUUGUGAUGGGUGUGCCAAAAACGGCCACAGAGGAGGACCUAAGGACACAUUUCAUAGAGGCGUACCCCACCUGCAGGGUGUGUGCUGUGACCAUUGCCUACGACGUGGCAAAGCUCAUGCGUCUGGACAAGGAAAGGUUUCGAGCAGGAAAAAACCUGCGCUACUACGAGCGCGUCCUGGAGAAGACGGGGAAGCGUGAAACAAUAUACCCCCGACCGUGCGGUCACCUCUGUUGCUGCGCCAACUGUGAGAAGGUGGACGCCAUCGAGUACUACAGCGCUAAAGAAAAAGAUCUGCUGGAGGAGGUGAGGCAGCAGGUGGGGGUGGUGCCACAGCGCCCCCUGGGGCUUGCCUUUGUCACCUUGCAGACAGAGGCUAUGGCCAAGUACAUUCUCAAAGACUUCAAUGCGCUGGAAUGCAGCAGCAGGAGUUGUUGCUGUGGCAGAGAGCCUCAGACUUCCACCAACAGCGGAGGUCUCAAAGUGAGGAAGUGGAGGGUCAGCGUCGCACCCCAUCCCAGAAACGUUUACUGGGACCACCUCUCAGUGCAGGGCUUCUCCUGGUUCAUCCGCUACGUGAUGCUCAACUUCCUGCUUUUCUUCCUGCUCACCUUCCUCACAACGCCCACCAUCAUCAUCAACACCAUAGACAAAUUCAACGUCACCAAGCCCAUCUACUAUCUGAACAGCCCUAUUGUCAGUCAGUUCUUCCCCACGUUCCUGCUGUGGUCCUUCUCUGCCCUUUUGCCCACCAUCGUCUACUACUCCACGCUGGGAGAGGCACACUGGGGCAGGUCCAGUGAGCAGCUGAGCAUGAUGCACAAGCUUUACUUCUUUCUGCUCUUCAUGGUGCUCAUCCUUCCCUCGCUGGGGCUCACCAGUCUUGCGCUGUUUUUCCGCUGGCUGUUUGACAAAGAAUUUCUAACAGAUGGGAAACUGAGGUUUGAGUGCGUGUUCCUACCUGACCAGGGGGCCUUUUUCGUCAACUACGUGAUCGCGGCAGGCCUGGUGGGCUCGGCCAUGGAUCUGUUACGGCUGCCUGGCUUGCUGCUUUACACCAUUCGCUUGGCGCUGGCUCGCUCCGCUGCCGAGAGGAAAUACGUCAAACAGAACCAGGCUUAUGAGUUUGAAUACGGGGCCAUGUACGGCUGGAUCCUGUGCGUCUUUACUGUCAUCAUGGCAUACAGUGUCAUUUGUCCCAUUAUUGUGCCUUUCGGUCUCUUAUACAUGAUGCUGAAGCACCUGGUGGACAAACACAACCUGUACUUCACCUACUUGCCGACACGCAUCGACCGUCAAGUCCACCUGAAGGCUGUCAAUCAAGCUCUGGCCGCGCCCAUCAUCUGCCUAAUAUGGCUUUAUUUCUUUUCCGUCCUCAGGACCGGUUUCUGGACUCCCACGUCUCUGUUCACCCUGGUGGUGCUCGUCAUCACGAUCCUCAUCUGCCUCAGCUACACCUGUUUCGGCCAUUUCCAGUACCUCAGUCCGCACAAUUAUGAGGCGAAAGAGGAAGAUGAGGGCACACCUGAGGAAGUGGAGGAAAACGCCAUGAUUUACCUUCCCAGAGUGCUGAAUCCCAAAUCGGCAGCGGAGGCUGCAAAGGGGUCACAAGCCCAGCAGUCUUACGGUUCUACGGAGGGCAGCCCGGCACACGGCUUCAGUCCUGUAGAAGACAAAGGCAUUGAAGUUCAACACUCAAAACCGAGCUAGAAUGAAGACAGCAUGCCGGGAUGGGGGGGGGGUCCCUUCCGUGAGAACCCCAUAACAUGUUUACACGAAAGCACACUAGUGCGCCUUUACAACAGGUGUCAAAUGAUCAAAGAACAUUCCGCAAAACGCUGAGGCACUUUUGUUUUGGAAGACAAUGCUGGGAUGCUUUUUUUUUCCAUUUCUUGUGGAAUGAUGAAAGUCUUGCAUAAGAAGAAAAUCAGCAGCCUAACUGAUGCCAAAGACAAGUGAACACCUGCCAAGGGAAGCGCUUAAAGCUUAGCCAUAAUUAAUGAUGCACUUUCUUGUACACAUUGAGGUCUGUUUGUUAUUAAUCAACAAGUGCCUACUGUAGUUACUUCAGUGAUGACACAUUUAUGCUAGUACUGCUGACGUUUAAAACUAAUCCAAAGCUGUUGCAUUUAACACGGUUCUAGGCUGUUGUUGUUGUUUUAAAUAUGUAAUCAUGUUACUGAUGAUCCACGCUUUGGACAGAUCCAAGUUUUUAAACCAUGCAUUUCCAAAAUACAAACAUUGACAUAAUGAGUGUGCUUUGUCAAAAGAGAGGCUGUUGAGCCGAGUUGAAUGAGUAUUUAAUAGGAGGACCACGUGGCUCUGCUGGGCUUAUUGAGCAUGUGAAAACUGAGUGUAAUUCGAUUGUGGACGUUAGAUAUUAAUUUUAUAAAGUAGUGUAUUUCAUAGCAUAGCAUAAACAAUACAAGACAUUUAAUGAAUUUAUUCAAUACAAUUAAUUUGAAUAAAUGUUAAUAAUUCAAAUAAUUUAUUGAUUUAUUUUAAACCCUGACGUAUAUUGAGGUAGCGAGAUUUACAGUAUAGCCAAGCGAAUAUACACCAACGGAUAACACAUUAAACAUGUGAAAAUGGUACGUUCAACAGGCCGCACGGUGGCCGAGUGGUUAGCAUGUCGGGAUCUGGAAAAUUCGAAACUCCACUUGGCAUCUCUGUGUGGAGUUUGCAUGUUCUCCCCCUGCGUGGGUUUUCUCCGGGUACUCCGGUUUCCUCCCACAUUCCAAAAACAUGCAUGUUAGGUUCACUGGCGACUCUAAAUUGUCCAUAGGUAUGAAUGUGAGUGUGAAUGGUUGUUUGUCUAUAUGUGCCCUGUGAUUGGCUGGCGACCAGUCCAGGGUGUACCCCGCCUCUCACCCGAAGCCAGCUGGGAUAGGCUCCAGCAUAUGCCCGCGACCCUAAUAACGAUAAGCGGCAUCGAAAAUGAAUGGAUGGCAUGUUAAACAAUAAAAGAGAAAAUAAGUGAAAUCAUAAAACCAUUCAAAUAAAUAAUGAAAAGUUUAUUCACAAUUCACACACGGCUCUGUUUACGCUCGGUCAUUCUUUCAACAGACCAACAUAUGAAUAUCAAUAUUUAGAUACAGUGACAAUAUUUCCAUUUGAGAAUCAAUUGUAGCGCAUGAAGAGUUUAUAUCGGAAGUAUCAAUCCGUACAUCGCCACAAAUAACACAAUAACACUAACGACUAUAGCUUACUAGCACACAUAAACUAGGUGUUGUAUCGCUUAUUUUUAAGCUUUGUAUCCCUCAUGAGCAAAGAGCAAAUGAAAAUAAAUCUUGAGUGCUGUACACCACCUAUUGCCUACUGUCACCUAUUUUAAUUUUGGGGAAAUCCCAAAAAUGGUCAACUUAUCAGUGUUAAUAGCUAGCAUGCUAACAGCUAGCAAG